AUGAAGAGAAAUGGAGGAGGUGAUAUAAGUACUACAAAGAAGAAGAAGAACAACAGCGAUGAUGGUGUUGUACAACAAGAAGGAGGAGGAGAAGAGGAGAAAGAGAGAAGUUCAUCAUCGGUACUACAGAAUAGUAUUGUUGGAGCAUUCUAUUUGAUUGGAUUACAAGUUGGUAGUCGUAUAUUGACAUUUGUGUUGAAUACGUUGAUGGUGACAGCAGUGGAUACUGGUAUCUAUGGUAUCUUUGCAAUCGAGUAUCAAUUGGUAGCUUCCAUCAUUCUCUUUUUAUCGCGUGAAGCUAUUCGUCGUACUUGUAUACGUGUCGACUUGACUCAAUCAAAGUCUGGCGGAGACAACCAACAAUUGGCAAGACUAGUCAACCUUAGUUGGGUGGUUAUCCCAGUUGGUAUAGUCAUCUCGUAUCUUACAUACCACUUUUUCGAUAGUAAGAUGGGUGACAAGGCCGGCAUUGAACACUAUCAAACCGGACUACACAUAUUCGUUCUAGCAUCAUUCAUGGAAUUGAUGAGUGAACCCGUCUACAUCCUAACACAAAACAUGUUACUCUUCAAAGUUCGUACCAUCGUCGAAGGUGGUGCUCUAUUCCUCAAAGGUGUAUCAACCUAUUAUUUUGUUGUAAUGCAUAAUAUGGGAUUAAAAGGAUUUGGAUAUGCUCAAGUUGUAUAUUCAGUCGUUUUAAUAGUUGGAUAUUAUGGUAAUUUCAUCUUAUCUAUUAUUCGUAGCAAUCGUGGAAAAGGAGGAGAUACAGCUGGACAAGUAACCAUAACUAGUGUGAGUCAGUUACUCCCUAGAUUCAGUGGUAUCAAUGUAUUGGUUGGAUCAGAGUUAUGGUAUAUGACAGCCAUGUAUACAUGGCAAUCAAUCCAAAAGUUACUAUUGACAGAGGGUGAAAAGAUGGUUAUGUACACCAACUCGGUUGAUCUAGUUAGUCAAGGUAUCUUCUCGGUCGUAUCUAAUCUGGGGUCAUUGGUAGCUAGAUUCUUUUUACAACCUAUUGAAGAAUCUUGUUUCGCCAUGUUCCCCAAAUUAUUUGCUAAUCGUCAAGACUGGGAUACUGGACACCGUGUACUGACGCUGCUCAUGAAAAUGAUGAUUAUCAUCGGAUUGACAUUUAUGUGUUUUGGUCCAUUCUAUGCUGGCGCACUCCUCCAUAUCUUGUAUCGUGGUAAAUUCGAUGCUACCAAUGCUGCCCUCGUAAUGGGUAUCUAUUGUGUCUACGUCUCUUUUAUGGCGUUGAAUGGUGUCUCUGAGGCAUUUGUACAGAGUGUGUCAAAGAGCGACCAACUCCGUCGUCUCAACUGGGUACUCAUCGUCAUCAGUAUAGUCUAUCUCUCAUGUACCGCCCUAUUCUCUUUAUUAUGGGGUACCAUUGGUAUUAUUUUAGCUGGUGUUGCUAAUAUGUUAUUAAGAAUAUUAUAUAUGAUGUUAAAGAUUUUUCAAUGUACCAUAUGUUGCCUCGAAAGAUUAACAUUAGAAAAGGAUCUACAUAUUCAUCCUAAACAUUGUGGACCUAAUCUUUUCACGAUUGCAACACAACAAUUACAUAGCGAGGUGGAAGGAACGUGUUCUGGACGUUAUGGGUUCAUCAUCACCAUUACCAGUGUCGAUUUUGUAUCAAAAGGAAAGGUAUUGGAGAGUUCAGGCUAUGUAGUGUUCCAAGUCAAAUAUAAAGCAAUCAUCUUUAAACCUUUUAAAGGUGAAGUUAUGGAUGCUGUAGUUACAAAAGUUACAAAUCUUGGAUUCUUUGCAGAGGCAGGACCACUUACUAUUUUUGUAUCGACUCAUUUGAUUCCACCUGACAUGCAAUUCGAUGCACAAAGUGCUAAUCCAUGCUUUGUAUCUGAAGAUGGUUCAAAAAUAUCAAAAGACGAUGAAGUUAGACUUCAAAUUAAAGGAACAAGAGUUGACGCUACCGAAAUUUUUGCAAUUGGAUCGAUUAGAGAAGAUUAUUUGGGUGUCAUUGGUUAA